CUCGAAAUGCAAUUCAAACAUAUUGGUUUCCAAUGGUCAGGCAGCGGCCAAUCAGUCGUGCUCGGAUUCAUGACACGUGCGGUCACAAUGAUUACGACAAACCGGCGACGUCCGACAAUUCCGGAAACCUUCGCCGGAGCCCAUGUGUUCAUCACUGGUGCGACCGGGUUUAUGGGGAAGAUCCUGGUCGAGAAACUACUACGAGCAUGUCCCGAUGUUGGCCAGCUGUUUGUCCUGAUUCGACCCCUGCACGGACAAUCCUGUCAAGAUCGGAUAGAUGAGAUGUUCAAAAUUCCGCUGUUCGACAUGCUGAGACAAACUCGUCCGGAAGUCUUCAAGAAAGUGAUUCCCGUGAGUGGGGAUUGCUCCCAGCUGAAGAUGGGCCUCGAUGAUCACGUUUUUGAGACACUAUCGAAGGUCCAGUUCAUCUUCCACGUGGCCGCCAGUGUUCGAUUCGAUGAUCCUCUGAGGAAAGCAAUUCUGUUGAACGUCCGAGGAACGCGAGAGGUGCUCGAAUGGGCCACGAGUCUGAAGAACCUGAAAGCUGUGAUCCACGUUUCGACCUGCUACAGUAAUCCGGAACUACUGGAAAUUGAAGAGCGUCUGUAUCCCUGUAAAAUGCCUUGGCAGAAGGCCAUUGAAUUGGCAGAAAAAAUAGAACCAGAAAAUUUUGAAUCUUUUUGUCCUAUGUUAACCGGUUACGCUCCGAAUACUUACACCUUCACCAAGGGUCUGGCCGAGCAUCUUUGCAACGACUACCGGCAUCGUCUACCGUUGGCCAUCAUCCGGCCUUCGAUCGUGUUGAACAUCGAGAAAGAUCCUCUCCCCGGGUGGAUCGAUAAUCUGAAUGGUCCAGUCGGCUUGAUUUCGGGUGUCGGUGCCGGGAUCAUGCGUACCGGUUACCUGAAUCUGGACGUCCGCAUGAACUUGAUCCCGGCUGACGUUUGCAUCAAGGCGUUCAUCAUUGCAGCCUGGAAGCAGGCAACUAGCAGCUCAGAUCUCUCGAACGAUUGUCAAGAGAUCAAGGUCUACAACUGUGCCGGGGAGACCCAUAAGGCACCCACCUACAGAGACAUUUUUAAAUAUUGCCUUCACUGGGAAGCUCAGCGUCCUUUCGUGGGUAAAAUGUGGUACACCAAUUACACCCACUCGUGGUGCAUUUACAUGUACUACGUGCUGUUUUUUCUGCUCCAACUUGUACCGGCAAUUUUCUUUGACACUUUGUUGCGAUUAAGUGGUCGAAAGCCAUUAUUGGUCAAGCUUCAGCGGAAGGUAUUUCACAGCAUGAUCAUGUUGCAGUACUUCACCUUCAACAAUUGGAACUUUCACACCGAAAACUUCCGUAGCAUGGACAAGGAUCUUCAUGAGUCCGAUGAACCCCUGUUCAACAUUAAGUACAUCCAGAACGGCCUCUACGAGUACACGGAUCUGGCAUGUCUUGGAGGCAGGAGAUAUAUCUUCAAGGAUCCGGACGAGUCCAUUCCGAAGGGAUUGGAGAAGAAUCGAAAACUCUACAUCCUGCAUAUCGUGUGGCAGACGACGCUGAUCGUGUCGUUUAUGUACUUGAUCUAUAAGCGGUAUGCUGGGGCUUGAACCGCGACCUCUAUAAAAAAAAGUUCAGGCUUGUUUUGUUCCUUGUUUGUUUAUUUUUAUUAUAAUCAUUAGAAAUACA